AAGUGCAAUAGUCAGCCGGCUAUACCGAUGUACAGCUUGUAUAGUGUCGCAAUAGAGAUGCACUCAAGAAUCGCUCCGUAUUUCAAAACAACUCCGUCCGGUUUUGGACCCAUACCCGACCCUACUUCUGGGUUGUUUUUGGUUCGGGUCUGGAUGAAGGUUGACUCAGGAGUCAGGAGAUGAAGGCGCAGUCAAAUUUCUCUGCCCAAAGACGUAUCUCUUCAUCCCUCUUCUUCCAUUGUCAACCCACAUCCGGGCUCCAAGUAAUCCACUAAUCCCCUUACUCGUCUCAUGUUUUUCCCAGCAUGUCGAUCUUUCUUCAAUCCAAACAUGGAGCAAAUUCAGCUCUCCUCGGGGCAAUCUUAUAUUUUCUUCUUAGCUUAUCAUCCCUUUCCCUUUCAGCAGAGUCCCGUUGCAGUGAUGGCUGCGACUUAGCUCUAGCCUCGUACUACGUUCCUCGGGGUUCGACUCUCACCUCCAUUUCCGACCUUUUCGACUCAGAUGAAUCGGAUAUCAUGGCCUACAGCCCAAGAGCAAAUAUCCCCAACAAGGACAACGUUCUUGCAGAGACUAGGAUCAACGUCCCCUUCCCAUGCGAUUGUCUGGAAAACGGCGAGUUUCUCGGUCGUGUUUUCUCGUACCCCGUAAAAUCCGGAGACACGUAUACCAUCGUUGCGAAUACGUACUACUCCAAUUUGACCACUGUUGACUGGUUGAGGAGGUUUAACAAUUACUCGGAUACUCAAAUUCCGGAUACAGCGACGUUGAACGUGACGGUGAAUUGCUCUUGUGGGAAUAGGGAUGUGUCCGAGGAUUACUCCUUGUUUAUUACCUAUCCCCUGAGGCCUGGGGAGAGCUUGGCGUCGGUGGCAAAUGCGGCUAACGUCAGUCAAGAUUUAGUGGCAAGGUACAAUCAGGGAGUGGAUUUCAGUGCGGGGAGUGGGCUAGUUUAUAUUCCUGGAAGAGGUAAGCGUAAUUUGCUGAUUCGUUUAUUAGUUAGUAUGUGUUUGGAGAGAGUCAAUUGCGAUGUAAAUGAAGCAUUGAUUUUAAAGAUUGCAUCUUUUCUGUGUGGGAGAAGGAGGAUCCCGGGCCGUUGGGUAAAAGUUGAGCUUGGGGACCCACAUUAAUUGAAUUCGCCAAUCAGGGUGGUAUCCUUUGGCCAUGGAGAGGAACUGGGUCUCUAAUAGGCAGUUAGUUAACUGAUAAAAAUGGAGUUUUUCCUUCUAUGCCGAAAAGCAAAGGUGGCUUCUCAUUGUCCUGCUACAUAUUUGGCUUCUUCAUUGUCAAUUCAUGGACUUAAUUCAAAAAAGUUCCAGAAGACUUUUUACUAUGGUUUUUUUUACAAGAAUAUUACUAAAAUAAAACUUAAUUACAUAAAUAUGACUAUUCAUUACUACAACGUAGUGUUGUGGUAACUUAAGCUCAAAACUUAAACAUGAACUACUAUGAUUUCAUUACUACUCUAGUAACUAGUCAUAUUUUUGUAAAUCAUCUUUAUUUUGAUCAUAUUUAUGUAAUUAUUUCUUUUACUAUAGCUUAACUUACACAGUUCCUAUAUGUAAUCAGGACUACCGGCUGCAGCUAAAGCUGGAAUAUCCAUAGCAGCAUUGGCAGCAGUUUUUUUAUUGGCAGGUUACGCUUAUGUAGUGUUUUUGAGAAAGAAAGGAGAGAAAAUUUCAUUGCUGUCAAUGUCUGAAAGCCAAUCACAUUUAACAGGGUUUAAAGAUGGAGAUCCCGCUCGUGCUACUGAUGGAGCUUCUCCAGUCCUUUCAGGCAUAACUGUUGAGAAAUCUGUUGAGUUCUCAUAUGAAGAGCUUUCUAAUGCAACUAAUGACUUCAGUCUUGCAAAUAAGAUUGGCGAAGGUGGCUUUGGUGCUGUCUACUAUGCUGAGCUUAGAGGCGAGAAAACAGCUAUUAAGAAAAUGGAUAUGCGAGCAUCAAAAGAAUUUCUUGCUGAACUGAAGGUUUUGACACAUGUCCAUCACCUGAAUCUGGUGCGCUUAAUAGGGUACUGUGUGGAAGGUUCACUCUUCCUUGUAUAUGAGUAUAUUGACAACGGCAACUUAAGUGAACAUCUGCGCCGUACAGGUAGGGACCCACUACCGUGGUCAACUAGGGUGCAAAUUGCGCUGGAUUCAGCCAGGGGUCUUGAAUAUAUACAUGAGCAUACAGUUCCCGUAUACAUCCAUCGUGAUGUUAAAUCAGCAAAUAUCUUAAUAGACACAAACUUUCAUGCAAAGGUUGCUGAUUUUGGUUUAACAAAACUGACUGAAGUUGGAGGUUCAUCUUUGUCAACACGUCUAGUCGGUACAUUUGGAUACAUGCCCCCUGAAGCUCAGUAUGGAAAUGUCACCCCUAAAGUUGAUGUCUAUGCAUUUGGAGUUGUUCUUUUUGAGUUAAUUUCUGCCAAGGAUGCUAUAGUUAAGGCACAAGGUUCUGUAGGCGACUCAAAGGGUUUAGUUUCUUUGUUUGAUGAAGUUCUUAGUCGACCAGAGCCAGAUGAAGCCCUCAGCAAACUGGUUGACCCUAGACUUGGGGAGACCUACCCUAUGGAAUCUGCCCGCAAGUUGGCACAGCUUGCCAAAGCUUGCACUCAAGAAGAUCCUCAAAUGAGGCCUAGUAUGAGAUCGGUUGUUGUUGCUCUAAUGACACUCUCGUCCACCACGGAUGAAUGGGAUGUCGGCACCUUUUAUGGUAACCAAGGAAUGAUAAACCUUAUGUCUGGAAGGUAGUGAUAUGGUUAUGUCAGCAUUUCGGUCUGUUUAGAUACGAAGUAUUUCUUACACUUGUAUCAUUGCAUUAUUUAUUUAUUACCCCAUUCUUAUUUGUACAUAAUACUCUAAUAGUUUUCUGGGUUAAAUAACUGUAAGAGUGUGAACAAUGCCAUUUGUGGCGUAAUAUUUGCUCAUUUUUUAAAACAGAAGUCAUUUUCUUCCAUGCAAUUGUGGUUGUUAUGUGAUUUUGAAAUACAGUUAGUUUUUUUGUUUGUUAACUGUUA